GUGCUUUAUCCACUGCGCCACCUAGCUGCCCCCAGGAAGGUACAAUUUCUGAAGAGGUCAGAGAAUCCAUCUUGUUCCUGACUGGAUUGACCAACUGUGACCCGAGAACAGGGGGCAGAAACAUCCUAACUGAGCACAGAUGGGACCCUGAGCCCAAACACAACUGAGGAAGACAUUGGGGCAGCAUUGCACAAGGGGAUGGGGGUGUGAGACUAGGGAGAAAUUAAUGUAAUCUUGGGCCUGUACCUGGUUGAAGGAGGGGAUUGAAGAAGAUGAAGAGACUCAUCUUUGUGAACUUUCCCAUUGGUGUAGUAGUAGAUCUCUCCUCAGGGCGGGGCAGUGCAUGAUAACCCCUUCUAACCCCUUCAUAGGCCUUUUCCUUACCCUGUGUUUUUCGGAUUUCUCCAGUAUUCUCUAACUCUUGCCUGAGACAUCUGACCUGGGUGGUUCUGCAACUCUUGAUGGAAGGAGAUGAUGGCCCUGGUCAGACUUUACCAAAGAUCUGAAAGUGUCCUGAUUGAGGACUGGGUUACACUGCAUUCAGGGCUUCAUUUUGCCUGGAGAAGAAAUGCCUCUAGGAGGGUGAUGAAGAAUAAAGUUGGGGAGGUGGGAAAGGGGCCAAUUCAUUGAAGGGCUUUUCCAUAUUUAUUUAAGCAUAAACAACUCCUUUCACAUAAACAGUAAUAGAUACACAAUUGCAAGGGGGUAACUAGAAUCAAACAAGGGAGUUGAUAAAUCUUAAAAAUAGAUUUGAAAGAGGGCAUAGAAUGGUCUUGGCACAAAAGAAAGUUAAAUUUUCUGUGAUUUCUGUACUUCUUGCUUUCCAGUUAACACAUACACUGCCCUCAUCCAGAGAUGUUGGCUUCCCUUGCUGACUUGCUGCAUUCUGCAUGGUUUAUAGUAUUCACAUGCACUUACGUUCACGGUGGUCAGGGUGAACAGUGGGUCACAUGUACAUAUGCACACAGACACAUUUAAAAUGUUGUGACAACAGAGGGAGCAGGAAAGGAUUGUCCUUGUGUCUCUGGUUGGACCCAGAGAGGGCUAAGAAAUUUUAGGGUCAGAUACUAGUUGGAAAGUUAGGGUGGGUCAGGUAUAGUCUCCUCAUGAUCCUUUCCCUCUCCAGUUCCAUCUGCUCCCCAGGUUUCUGCUUGUGCCUCUAAGGGGAGGCUAGAAGACAAGGCAAUGGCAGCUGAGCUCCUAUCAGCCAGAGCCCAGGCAUUGGUGACUUUUGAAGAUGUGGCUGUAUACCUCACCCAGCAGGAGUGGGCCUGCCUGGGCCCUGCUCAGAAGUAUCUCUACCGGGAUGUGAUGCUGGAGACCUAUAGGAAUAUUAUCUCAUUGGGAUUUCCAGUGUCCAAACCCGUUGUGAUCUCCCAGCUGGAGCGAGGGGAAGAACCAUGGGUCCUGGGCAUGAAGGUAGCUGAGGGGAGAAAGGUUCUGAGAGGCAACUGUUCAGAUUGUGAGACCAGGAACAAGAAAAAGGAAUGGACUCCAGCACAAGAACUUUCUGAAGAAAAGCAAUCAAAGAGGGAAAUAUUGGAAAUACUCAGAGAAAAUAUUACCCAGCCAUCCAACUUUCAUAAUACCUGUGAAAUCAAAGGCAGUUCAGUGAGACCUCAGAGGAAUGCUACUGGAAAAAUACUCAAGAAAUCACUUUCCAGAGAACAAAGUUUCAAGCCAGUAACAGUCACCCAUAGAAACAGUCCAGGACAAGUGCUCCCCAAAUUUAGUGAAUCUGGGAGAAGCUUCAGUAUUAACUCAAAGAGUAUUUCUCCAGGAGAAAAGCCUCAUCAAUACGAUACAAAUGGACAAAAUUCCCAACAGCAUCCUGACCAGAGAGUCCGUAUAGGGAAGAAAUACUAUAAAUCUAAUAUAUGUGAGAAAACAUUCAGGCAGAACUCAAACCCAAUUGAACAGCAGAGUAUUAACAAUGGGAAAAAAUCCUAUCAAUGUAAUGAAUGUGGGAAAAUCUUCUUUGUAAGCUCAACCCUUAUUCAGCACCAGAGAAUUCACACAGAAGAAAAACCCUAUGAGUGUAAAGAAUGUGGAAAAACUUUCAACCGUAGUUCUAAUCUUAACCAACACCAGAAAAUUCACACUGGAAAAAAACCUUUUAAGUGCAAUGAAUGUGGUAAAGCCUUCUAUCAGCAGUCUAAUCUUACUCAACAUCAAAGAAGUCACAGUGGAGAGAAACCUUAUAAAUGUAUGGAAUGUGGAAAAGCCCUUAGUACAAAAUCUUCCCUUAUUCAACACCAGAGAAUUCACACUGGAGAGAAACCCUAUGAGUGUAAUGAAUGUGGGAAAACCUUUGUUCGGGGCUCUAAUUUUAUUGAUCACCAGAGAAUUCACACUGGAGAGAAGCCCUAUGAGUGUAAUGAAUGUGGUAAAGCCUUCUCUCAGCACUGUAACCUUAUACAACACCAGAGAAUUCACAGUGGAGAGAAACCUUAUGAAUGUCAUGACUGUGGGAGAGCUUUUGUUGCACUUGCACAUUUGAUUCAACAUUAUAGAAUUCAUACUGGAGAAAAACCCUAUGAAUGUCAUGACUGUGGGAAAACCUUUCGUGCAAGCUCAUACUUUCUUCAGCAUUGUAAACUACAUACUUAGAAAACUUAUACAUGCUAGUAGGAAAGCAUUUAGUGAACAUUCAUCUCAUUCAAAAUCAAAGAAUUCAAAGUGGAGAGAAUUUAAUAAAUAUUAAGCAUCUACUAUUGGUAAAACUGUGCUAAAUGCACAGAAAACAUAAGGAACUUGCAUUAUAUUCACAGGUGAGGAAAAACAAAAUAAUUAAAGUAGGAAGGACAUUAACAACCUUUGUAUUCCUAGAGCUUUACACAUAGUCAACCUUUAAUAAAUGCUUGUUGACUGACCAAAAAACAAACAAAAUCAACCAACAAAAUCUGUCUAUUUCUAUGAAUAUAUAUACUUUCACUCGUAGCUGUGAUCCUAGCAAAUAUCAGCUAGUUCACACUAUGGACAAAGCAAAACUGGGAAAGAAAGUCUCCCUUCAGUACAUCAGAGACCUUGUGUGUGUGUAUCUAGUAUGGGAAAGCUUUUUGUCAGAACUCUUCACUUUAUAAACCUUAAGAGAAUCAAUAUGAAAGAAAAUUUGAAUGGAAUGAAUGAAGGAAUCUUACUCCUUAUCUUAUAACUUACUCAGAAUCAUGGAAUUUACCUAAAAGAAAUAAUCAGUGAAUAUGUUAAAGUCUUGGAUAUAAGCUUAUCCUUUUUUCAACAAAAAGUCUGAACAGGGCCUUAUAAUAAAUCUCUCUGAACUCUGCACGCAAAGGGUAUUUUUGUAUUUGAAUCACAUAGCAGGAACAAAGAGAAUGACUUUCCUGUCAAAUGGGAUGAGGAGGGCGGCUAGGUGGCAUAAUGGAUGAAGCACUGGCCCUGGAUUCAGAAGAACCUAAGUUCAAAUCCGACCUCAGACACAACACUAGCUGUGUGACCCUGGGCAAAUUACUUAACCGUCAUUGCCCCACCAAAUAAAUAAAUAAACAAAUAAAUGGGAUGAAGAAAGGGAAAAUGGCAGUUCUAUCACAACGUGAAGCAGAAAACAAGUCAUUUUUGGAGUCAGUUGGGGGAUGGAAAACUCUUAAGGAUGAAAUUCUGUAUUUUAAUGAAGAAGAAAAGAGGAGAUGUCCAAAGAAACCUAUAUGGAUAUACAAGGAACCUAUCAACAACUUAAAUUUUUGAAAAGACUUGUAUAAAAGAUGAAAGAGUCCAUAAGGGAAGAUGAAUAGGAAAGCGUGGAUAAGUCCAUUACAACAUGUUAGGAAUGUCAAACGUUGGAGGCCAACAAGAAAUACAAAAGGGAAAAAAGGGAAAGGGAGUUUUCUUUAACUGUAUUAAGGGAAAGAUUGACAGAUAUAUACUUGGAGUAGAUAGUUAAUAGGAAGCUGGAACCCAGAGUAAGUAAGUAAAUAGUGAGAACACCUAGCUUCCCUUUAGGAACUUGGCAAAGACACACUACAUCCCAAGUUACCAAGAGAACUGGUGAAUGUGGUUGUUGUCUGUCACUAAUUUCUGAAAGAGAAGCAUUAUAGGACUGAUAAAAUGUCUUUUCAAAAGAAGAGAGUAGGUUCUAUAAACUAUACUCCAGUGAACUUGACUUUGAUUCCUGAAUAAAUUCAAGAACAAAUUUUUAAAGGGAUGAUUUAUGAACAUGUAGAAAAGGAGGUGAUGAUCUUGAGGAACCAGCAUAGCUUCAUAAAGAUUAGAUUAUAUCAGAUAAUCCUCAUUUUCCAUUUUGACAGGGUUAUUAGACUGGCAGAUAAGGAAAAUAUCAUUAAUUGUUUGCCUUUUUGAUAAAGUCUUAUGCUGCCUUUGUAGCAAAAGAGAGAAAUGGGUUGCAUAGUAGUUCAUUUAAGUGGAUUAAAAACUGGGACCAAAGAGGAGUCUUAGAUGACUCAAUGUCAGCUUAGAGGGAGGUUCCUAGUGGAGAGCUUUGUGUAAUUGCUUGACCUUUGUUCUUUAACUUUUUUUUUAAUCAUUAGUAACUCAGAUAAAGACAUAGAUGGCAUGUUUAUCGAAUUUACAGAUGAUGCAAAUGUGGGAGCUAUAGCUAACAUGUCAGUCAAUGUUAGGAUCCAAAAAGAUACUGACAAACUAAGAUGAUGGACCAAAUCUACUAAGAUGAUUUGC